AUGUUCUUGAAACAUUUUCUGGAUUCAUACAAGAAUUCCGGUUAUCAUAGUUUGGUCGUUGCACAUUUCCAUGAAUGGCAGGCUAGUGUUGGAUUGAUCAAUGCAAAACUUUGGAAUCUUGACGUUGCUUUAGUGUAUACGACACAUGCAACAUUGCUCGGACGACAUUUAGCAGCUGGUGGUAGUGAUCUUUAUAAUAAUAUUAAUCGAUUCAAUUUGGAUGAAGAAGCCGGAAAACGGAAG